GGCACUGGCCCUACUGUGUGCCGCUCGUCGCCUGGUGCCGGCCCUCGUAAAGAUGCCACAGACAGUGAAGAGCUUGACGGAUGAGGUCCUUGCUAAACUGGGGGCCACCUCCCUCACACAAGUGGUGUCCACCUUGCCCAGCGCACUCACCACAAGCGCACAUGUGAGUGAUGCAGAGGCAGCCCUCGCAGCAGGCAGGGAGAAGGAGGCCUUCCACCUGCUUUCCCUCACUCAUUCCACGCUCCUCCACCACCGAUUGGCACAGAGACUCUACAAACCAAAACAGUCAGAAGAAGAUAUUUUGGAUGGCCUAGCAGAGAUGCAUGAAGGGAAGAAGAACAUCCUGUCCACCACCAGCAUGGAGGAGACCAUGAAACUUCUCCAGAAACUGCCUCCAGAGUGGACAGUGGUUCAGCUCACAUCUCAGAGGGACGGCACGGAGCUGUUCAGAGUAGUGGGCAGCACAGCCACCACACCCAGUCUCUACCUGUCCCGCUGCGUGUGUGGACCUGACCCCAAGGUCUUGGUGCAGCCUGUGGCAGCUCCCCUGGAUGCAAACGUUAGCAGCAUCCUUCAGGAAAUGACCAACAUCAGAAAUGAGAUUAAGAGUACGUUUGUUGCUAAGCAGAGAGCCAGUGAUAGGAAGGAGGCCUUGAAUAGCAGGAUGAGGAACUUGGUGAGAAGCAUGGAAGUGGCUUGGCUGCGCCAUUGGGGCUGCCUCUUAGUAGGGUCACUACACCCUAAUGAAGAAAAGGUACUGGAGGAGGUCACCUUACGCAUACUGUCAGCCCACCACCUCUCCCUCACAGACUCGCAGAAACAGUGCUUGAAGUGUGCCAUCAGCUGUCCAGUGGCUGGCCUGGAGCAUGAGGUGGAGGACCAAUUGCAUGCUGGAGUAGCAGCAGUACUAAAGGGAAGCAGCAUCGUGAAGGACGUCUGCGCCUCCAUUAGAAAAGAGAGCGAUGUCCUGAGUCCCAUAAGGAAGGCUACCAGAAACCCACUAAUUCUGGUGCUUGAUAAGAGCACAGUGGCACUUCCAUGGGAGAUGAUGGGUGUGUUCAAGAACCAGCCUGUCACCAGAAUGCCAAGUCUCUGUAUGCUGGCACUGCUGUAUGAGCACCACUCCAAAAUGGCAGACAGUGUGCUGGUGCAAGGAGUGGACGUGAGGAAAGGCUUCUACCUGCUGGAUCCAGAGGGAAACUUGCCCAGGACUCAGGAGCGUCUUGGUGGGGUGUUGGAGGGCACAGGCUGGCAGGGGAUCACUGCACGUGUCCCCUCACACCAGGAGUUCUCUUCAGCUCUCACCAGCAAUGAUGUGUUUCUGUAUGCUGGUCAUGGGUCAGGCAGUCAAUACCUGCCGGGGGAUCUGGUGGAGAAGGUGCUGUGCCGUGCGCUGGUGCUGCUGUAUGGCUGCAGCUCGGCUCGUCUGGCACCACGCGGCAGAAUCCCCGACCCCUGGGGAAUAGUGAUGCACUACUUCAUUGCUUCCUGUCCAUGUGUGGUGGGGAUGCUGUGGGAGGUAACAGACCGUGAUACUGACCACCUCACGUCUGAAAUGGUCCAAGUUCUGCGAGGCACCGCCAAAGACCCUGCGUCACCGCUGGCCAGCCAGCCCUCAGACGUGGCUCUCUUGGUGGCCCAGUCUCGGGCCCUCCCCAAGCACUCUGUGAUGGCCUCAGCCCUCUGUGUGUAUGGUCUCCCACUUCACCUAGUUCACAGUGGGGAGUCUGCUGAAGAUUGAUCAAGGCAUGUUGCUCACUCCAUGCAUAAGGUUACCUGUUUGUGGCCAGAUCUUCAUGGAGCAAGGACACGCUGGAGAACUGCCCACCUUCAAUUAUUUGUGGUCUGGUUUGAGUUUUCCCUUUCCUUGGAUGGAAUUCUCAAGCCUGUAAAUG